AUGGUACUCCCGAACGAUCAAUACACUGUGGGUUGGAUCAGUGCCCUGACAACCGAGUUGGUGGCUGCACAAGUAUUCCUGGACGAACUUCAUGGAAUCCCAGAGAGCGUCGCCAAGGGUGACAGCAACUAUUACCAGCUUGGACGGAUAGGAGAACACAACGUUGUGCUCGCAGUCUUGCCCGCUGGAGAGUAUGGCACGACCUCUGCAACAAGUGUGGCGAAGGAUAUGCUCCACUCAUUCCCAAACAUUCGUGUUGGGCUGAUGGUGGGCAUCGGCGGCGGGGCUCCGAAUGCUAUGAACGACGUACGUCUCGGUGAUGUCGUUGUCAGCACCCCCCAGGGCCACUCUGGCGGUGUCUUCCAAUACGAUUUCGGAAAAACCAUCCAGGAAAAGACGUUUCAGCACACCGGCCACCUCAAUCAAACGCCCGCCGUCCUCCUCGCCGCUGUCAAUGCUUUGUCGGGAGACUUACGGACUCUCGGGAACAACAUCGCCACAAGCAUAGAAGAAACUCUUGCGAGCCAUGAGAGACUGCGCCAGAAAUACGGACAGCCGGAUGUGGCAAGUGACCGACUUUACAAGUCCACCUUCAUUCAUCAGCACCUUCCAGGACAGCCUCCUCAAAGCUGCAUCCAUGUUUGCGGCAAUGAACCUCAAAAUCUGGUUGAUCGGCCGGAUCGAGCGAGUCGGGAGCACGAUCCGGUGAUAUUCCACGGUAUCAUCGCUUCGGCGAACAGCCUCAUGAAGGACGCACUGAUAAGGGACAAUCUGUCUCAAAACAACGGGGUGCUCUGCUUCGAGAUGGAAGCGGCGGGGUUGAUGAACCACUUUCCAUGUUUGGUUGUGCGUGGUAUCUGCGACUACUCCGACACACACAAGAACGAUGCGUGGCAUGGGUAUGCCGCCAUGGUGGCUGCGGCUUAUACGAAGGCGCUUCUGUUGAAGGUUACGCCAAACGAGCUCGGAGCCGAGCAAAGGCUUCUCGAAGUCGUAGGAGACCAUUAG